AUGUCUAGAACAAAGCAGACUGCUUCGAAGGCCUUGGGAGGGAAAGCACCCAGGAAGGGGAUUACGAUGAAGUCGGUGCCCUCGUUGUCCAGCCAGGCAGCAUUGCCCAGAAGAACAAGGUUCAAGGCCGGUGCGCUUGCGCUGAAGGAGAUCAGGAAGUACCAGAAGAGCACGGAUCUUUUGAUUAGGAAGAGGCCGUUCCAAAGAAUGAUGAGAGAGCUGUGCAAGGGGAAUGAGGGGAUGAGAUUCCAAGGAUCGGCAGUGGUUGCGUUCCAGGAGGCAGUGGAGAAUUUCCUGACGAAUCUGGUGGAGGAUGCAUAUAGAUGUGUUCUGCAUGCAAGGAGGGUUACAUUGAUGCCAAAGGACAUCUGCCUUGUGUAUAAGAUAAAGUAUGCGAAUGUACUUUAUGCAGCUCUUGAUUGA